CAAACGUGGCCCUCAGAAUCUCUGGUUCACCUUAUUCCCUCUCCGUCGCUCCCUUUCAGGUCGGCGUGAUCGGAAUAUUCUAGAGACGAUGGUGGAGUUGGAGAGGGCGCAGAAUCCGUGGGUGACUAGCGACCAGCCAAUCGACCGAGUUGAAAUCGACGGUAGAGACUUGUCCGUCAUGCCGGAGCUCUCCGUUUUGGACAGAGGCGACGCCGGAUUCGUCGCGAAGCGGCCGUGUACUGCGACGUCGGAUUGGAAGCUAGGGGUUGCGGAGCGGGCUUUCUCCGCCGCCGGCGCCGCGUUUUUGUCGGCGAUUAUUGUUAAUCCGCUUGAUGUAGCCAAGACGAGGUUGCAGGCGCAGGCAGCUGGCGUGCCUUACUCGCAUCCGCUGAGUAAUAUCACGAGUCGCAUGGCUUUCUUCGGGCCUACCACGCUGUUUGCGGAUUUGAGGUGUUCGCCAUCUUGCACACGUGCUGGAAUUCAUGGUACGGUAUCAAUAUGCCCGCCAGAUUGUUUUCAGUACAAAAGCACGCUUGAUGUGUUCUACAAGAUCAUUCGACAGGAAGGGUUCACAAGGUUAUGGAGAGGUACAAAUGCAGGGUUGGCCCUGGCUGUUCCAACAGUGGGAAUCUAUCUACCAUGCUAUGACAUAUUUCGUAACUGGUUAGAAGAAUUCACUGCUCGUAAUGCUCCCAGCACGAGUGUAUAUGUUCCUUUAGUCGCUGGCUCUUUGGCACGCUCAUUGGCAUGUGCAACUUGCUAUCCCAUAGAACUUGCUAGAACUCGCAUGCAGGCAUUCAAAGUGAUGCAAAAUGGUGCAAAGCCUCCUGGUGUUUUGAAAACUCUAUUGGAUGUUGUCUCUCAUGUCAAGACCACAAGUAAUAAUGCUGAAAGCAACUUAAGAGGCUAUCGUGUUCUCUGGACUGGAAUGGGAGCACAACUUGCCCGCGAUGUUCCCUACUCUGCAAUCUGUUGGUCGACUCUUGAGCCAAUCAGGAGAAGACUUCUUAAUCUUGUAGGUGAUGAAGCAAAUGCAAUCAGUAUAUUUGGGGCAAAUUUUUCCGCAGGGUUUGUUGCAGGAACCAUUGCUGCUGCAGCUACAUGUCCUUUGGAUGUUGCAAAGACCCGAAGGCAAAUAGAGAAUGAUCCAGUCAGGCAAAUGAAAAUGACAACACGGCAGACGCUAGUGGAGGUUUGGAGGGGUGGAGGACUUAAGGGAUUAUUCACGGGGGUUGGUCCUCGUGUUGGUCGUGCAGGCCCUUCAGUUGGGAUUGUUGUUUCCUUCUAUGAAGUGGUGAAGUAUGCUCUCCAUCAACGGUAUGCGGCUUCAUGAUGGAGAGGGAUUCUUUAUUUUUCUGAUCCUUUUAAGGUGAUAAUUGACAUGGUGACUGGUGACUUGCUUGUGGGAAUCAUCUGACAUAGAAGGCCACCCCCAAGUUUUGUAGAUACAGUAGAUUGAAGAUAACAAAUUUUCAUCUCUUUUAGGCCUGCAAGUGCAGGGUUUAACCUACUUCUUUCAUACAGUUUUAAGUUAAUCGCUACAUAGUUGCUCAAUGACGAGCGAAGUUUUGUACAUUUAGGUUGUUUCUUUGGGUAAAUCUUUUUUCUGAGACCCCUGUUCUCAGUUAAUAAUUCAUGUCUAAAGAGAUCAGAUGAAAUCUUCAAGUUUAAUGACAAUUUACACUGUUCUGAGAAAGAUCAGCUGUGUUUAGUUUA